CAGUGGUCAGCUUGCUCCUUUCAUCAGAUCAAAGGCAAUUUAUGUCAACUGGGUGAUGGGAUUUUCUAAACCGGCUCAUCCUGAGUACCACUACGACUACCAUGUAGCCGACCACCACACCAAGGAUUACAAGAGCAAACAUGAGGUGAGAGACGGACACAAAGUGAAGGGAACCUACAGUCUUCUGGAACCUGACCACAAGACCAUCCGUAUCGUCGACUACGUAGCCGACAAGAAACACGGUUUCAUCGCCAAAGUCAGCCAUAAGAAGCACGAGUAAGUGUUAGUGCCACGAGACAUAUUGUUGUACAGAUAUCCGUUGUUUGUUGUUAAAUGUGAAAUGUGUUAUUUUGUAUAGUAUUAUUUUUGUACAGUUG